UCGCUGUUAAGUACUCAGUGCUGUUCCAGAUGUUAGAUCAAGUUACAGUGAAGAUGAAGAUUCUCUCAUUCUGUGACAGCUCCAAAGCCAGCUCCUCUCUCCCUGGUUUUAUUAUUUUCUUCUUUACUUGUUAUGUUCACAAGAUGGAAUCAGCAAAGUUCACAGUGAUUGGACCCCGUGACCCUGUCACUGCCAUCCUGGGUCAGGAAGCUGUGUUACCCUGUCACCUGUCCCCCCCGAUGAGCGCUGCAAACAUGGAGGUGAGAUGGUUCCGAUCUCAGUUCAUAUCCUUUGUGCACCUGUAUCGUGAUGGGAAGGAUCAGUAUGAAGGGCAGAUUCCAGAGUAUCAGGGAAGAACAGAGCUUUUAAAAGCCGGACUCAUAGAUGGAAACGUUCCCUUGAGGAUUCUCAAUAUCAGACACUCUGAUGAAGGACAAUACCUGUGUUUUGUUCAAGACGAUACUUUUUAUGAAGAAACCGUAUUGGAACUGCAGGUAGCAGGUCUGGGCUCUGCUCCUCUCAUCUCUAUUGAGGGUCACCAGGAUGGAGGGAUCCGGGUGGUUUGUCGAUCAGCUGGUUGGUACCCAGAGCCUGUGGUGCUAUGGAGAGAUCUCAGUGGGCGACAUUUACCAUCACUCUCUGAAACAAAAUCCCAAAGCGAUAACAACCUGUUUGGAAUAGAAACUGCACUCAUUGUGAAAAAACAUUCAAACCAAAACUUGUCCUGUUGCAUCAGGAACACCGUUCUCAAUCAAGAAAAGGAAUCAGCAGUUUAUAUAGCAGAUUCCUUUUUCCCGAGGGUAAAUCCCUGGAUGGUGGCUCUGAGUAUGAUCCUGAUGGUUUUGUUUGGUUUCAUUGGCCUCACUGCUUAUCUCUUUAAAAUGAAAGGGAAGCUUACAGAAGAAGUCGGUAAACGACAUACAGAAAUUGCUUUUUAUUACUAUUCUUUUUUGUAA